CCCAACUCAAGGAGUCUCUCUAUCCGCUGCUGAUGACGGCAUAAGGACGCGCUCGGGACGUAUUUGUCUUCUUUUCUGCCCCUACUCCUACUUCUCCCUUGCAACCGACGACCACGCCGAAUACCCCCGCCGCCCGCCUCCGUUAAGGUUCAGGACUAUUCCUAGAAGACGGUGCUGCCGAGAUCAGACCAGCUGUUGGCUCCUCUCGAGCGCUCCUGCAGCUCGACGGCGUCAUUCCAGGAUUGCGGUCUAGCUGGAUCCAGGAAACCGGCAGGAACAAGCGUUACCGUCAGGCAUCAGCAUCUCACCAUCGACCUCAGGUCGAACCUCCACACUGGCGAGCCGCUCCGCCGCAUCUCGAACCUCUCGAACCGCCCACACUGCCAGCCGCAAGAUGCCGGCACCGAAGCAGCGCAAAAUCGCCAUCGUGGGCAGUAGAGCUGUCGGCAAGUCGAGUCUGACGGUGCAAUUCGUCGACGGGCACUUCGUCGAGAGCUACUAUCCCACGAUUGAAAAUACCUUCAGCAAGGUCAUUCGGUAUAAGAACCAGGAAUUUGCUACCGAGAUUAUCGAUACCGCAGGACAGGAUGAAUAUAGCAUCCUGAACUCGAAGCACUUCAUCGGCAUCCAUGGCUACAUGAUCGUCUACUCGGUCGCCAGCAAGCAGAGCUUCGAGAUGGCCCGCAUCAUCCGCGACAAGAUCCUCAACCAUCUCGUGAGUCUUUCAGAUACUUCCAAGUCAGAUACUCCAAACGUCCAAUCAGCCACAGAGUUCGUUCCCCUCGUCAUCGUAGGCAACAAGUCCGAUCUCCGCCCCGAGCAGCGCCAGGUCACGCCCGAGGACGGUAAAGCCCUUGCGCUGGAGUUCAAGUGCGCGUGGACCGAGGCCAGCGCGCGGUACGACGAGAAUGUACAAAAGGCGUUUGAGCUUAUGAUUGCAGAGGUUGAGAAGAGUCAGAAUCCUGCACAAUAUGCCGCGACGCAAAUCGGCUCCACCAUAAACGGGCUCCAAAAGCAAGUCGGCCAGAAGAAGAAAGCCAAGGAAGACGCUUCGGAACUUCUCGCAGAAAUGGCCAGGCUGAAAGAGGACAAGAAGGCCAAAGAAGAGGAGGCGGCGGAGAAGCACGUCAAGCUCAACGCGAAGGUCAAGUCCGUCGGCAACUACGUGCAUCCCGAUGUGCCGGUUUCGGAUAAUGAGGAUAACAACUCGAUAUUGAAGACGUGGGCGCCGGAAGGCGUCACGGUCGAGCCGAUGAAGGGCGGGAUUCCGCAUCAUGGGGUGCUGUGGCGGUUGAAUGGAUACGAUCCCGAGCGAGGCGUAAAGAUUGUGGGGCAUCGAGGUUACUGCUUGACGGGUUAUGGUCUGUUCCUGAAUAUGGCACUCAUCAACUAUGGCCUCGAGUUUCUAUUCAACAAGGGCUAUACUCCAAAUCAGCCCCCUUUCUUCAUGCUUCGAGAUCAGAUGGCGAAGACGGCCCAGUUGAGCGAGUUCGAUGAGGAGCUGUACAAAGUCACAGAGAGCAAGGAUAAGCCGGAGACGGACAAGUACCUGAUCGCGACCUCAGAACAGCCGAUAAGCGCCCUCCAUUCAGAAGAGUGGUUAGGUGCUGCAGACCUCCCUAUCAAGUAUGCCGGGUAUUCGACGAACUUCCGUAAGGAGGCUGGCUCCCAUGGCAAGGACGCUUGGGGGAUCUUCAGGAUACAUCAGUUCGAGAAAGUGGAGCAAUUCCUCAUCACACAUCCGGAGAAGUCCUGGGAGGCGUUCGAGUCAAUGAUAGCAACCUCUGAGGAGUUCUAUCAAUCCCUAGGCCUUCCAUACCAAAUCGUGGGUAUUUGUUCGGGCGCACUCAACAAUGCCGCUAGCAUGAAGCGGGACAUAGAAGCAUGGUUCCCGGUGACCGGAGGUGGAGAAUACAAGGAGCUCGUCUCAGUCUCUAAUUGCACAGAUUACCAGACCCGAGAACUUGAGAUCCGAUUCGGCGUGAAGAAGCAAACUUCAACGCGUAAGGAGUACGUGCACGCGUUGAAUGGCACUCUCUGCGCGACUGAGAGAACACUCUGCUGUCUUCUGGAGAACUUCCAGACUGAGGAAGGCUUCAAGGUCCCGAAGGUGCUCCAGAAGUAUAUUCCCGGCCAGCCUGACUUCUUGCCAUUUGUCAAGGAGUGGAAACCGUCGAAGGACGAGAAGGGCAUCCCGGAGAGGCUGAAGUGAGAAGGCCUUAGCGGCCCACGGUGCGAGCGGAGCUGCUCGGGAGGAUUCAAGGCAUUCUGGAGUUGGGCUAGAUAUACCUUAUGAAGGGUAGACCCUACCUAUUGGGUCGAUAUAGAAGAGAUCCCCAUGAUCUACGAUUUACUGACUUCUUGAGGCUAAAAAGCAAUUUCUCGCUG